AUGACAAAGCCAGAGUGUUUUCCCGCCCUGCAAAAUGACGUUGUUCUACGGGCGGCCAGGGGUAUGCCGGUUCCAUACACACCGGUCUGGAUUAUGCGUCAGGCCGGCCGUUACCUGCCGGAAUUCCAGGCUGUCCGUCAGAGGCAUGGAUUUUUCGACAUUUGCCGUUCUCCAGAGCUAGCCUGUGAAAUAACUAUUCAGCCUAUAAAGAGGUUCAAUCUGGAUGCGGCAAUUAUUUUUUCCGAUAUUCUCGUCAUCCCGCAGGUUAGUUUUUAA